AUGUCCAAAUUAGCCGACAUCCGGAAGACAGUUAUGGAUGAUGUAUUUGAGGUGGAAACAGCUUUGAAAUCGGUCUCAGAAACUGCUCAAUUGGAUGAAGUUCUCCUGAAUUCCUACCUCCAAAGCCUUAAGGCAGCGCGAACGAAAUUUGAGGAGGUGCAGGAAACAAUCAUUGAAAGCCAAUCCGCGGAGUCUCGAAAGCAGCGAGAAACAGAGUUUCUAGAUAAUUUUCUCAAGCGCUGUAAGGAGCUUGAGGUGAAGAUUUGGACUCUCAUCGAACGUUCUAAGACAUCACACCACGUUGAUGUCGAGGAAGCUGGAGGCUUCAGUGGCGCGGCUGACAAGCCACAAGGUGAUGAAGGAAAACAUCUCAAGGAGUGGAUGCUUGAACUCAUGGGGCAAAUGGAAAAGAAGCACCGUGAGGAUCUCCUCAAGCAGGAAAAGAGAUAUCAUCAGCAAUUGACGGAGUUGCGAGCCAAUCUCAAGGAGCAUUCUCAGGCUUCUACACAGAGUUUUACUCCCGGUCCUGAUUUUGCUGAAAUUUUCAAGGCUACCACUGACCGUCAAAUUCAAUUGCUGGAAAGGUUAAGCAACAGCAAAUCCAAUUCCAGGCUUCCCCCUCUUGAUAUUCCCAAGUUUUCGGGACAAUUUUCAAAAUGGAUUUCCUUCAGGGAUCGAUUUGUGAGCACUGUUAUCAACGAGUCCUCGCUCUCAAAUGUACAGAAGUUGCACUACCUGAAAGGAGCUCUCACAGGGGAGGCAGCAAGUGUCUUGGAAAAUUUAGAAGUCACAGAGGACAAUUUUGAGGCUGCUUGGGAUUUAUUGAACACACGUUUCAACAAGAGAAAGAAUAUUAUAAUGGAGUAUGUGAAAAAUUUUCACAGUGUAUCUCCCGUCUCAACCGCCACUAAUUCAAAUGUGCGGAAGCUUGUCAACGAUGUUGUGGGAGUUAUUCAGGCACUUGAUACCAUGAAGGAGAGUUCCCGUGAUCCCUGGCUCAUCUAUGUUGUGCUGGGAAAGCUGGAUCACGAAUCCAAGUCACUGUGGGCUCGUGAAUGCGGCAAUAAAGUACCAACCUGGAACGAGUUUGUGGAAUUUCUGUACAAUCGCUGCGAUGAAUUGGAUUCCUGUCCCCCAACGGCCAAGAAUAUUACCAGCGGUGGUUCUACAUCACGCGUAAAUUCCUCCAAAACUUCCACACAUUCCCACAAGAACUCUACCUCAUCUCUCGUCGCUGCAAGUGAGAAUUCUUGCAAGUGUUGCUCUUCGGGCUCGCACCCUCUCUAUGAGUGCCCCAAGUUUUUGUCGCAAUCUUCGGAUGAGAGAUAUUCUUUCGUGAGGAAAUCUAACCUCUGCCGAAACUGUUUAGUUUCAAAGCAUUUUACCAACAAUUGCAAUUAUCGUCGAUGUCGCUUGUGUGAUGCAAAGCACAACGUUCUACUUCACGAACGCUUUAUCGCAGCUGCUUCCGGUUCGGCUACUCCAGCCUCCAGUGUUCCUGCCACCCCUCCAGCGCCAUCCACAGCUGACAAUCCGACAUCUUUUCCUACUACAUCAACUGGCCAAGUCGUUCAACAUCACCCCACUCCUGGGUCUUCGUCAAAUCGGGUUGUUCUGUCGACUUUUCCUUGUCGCACAUCGCCGACAAAUUCCAUGGUCUUCCUGGCAACCGCUAUUGUUGAGGUGUUGGACGCUGAUGGCAAGCGGAUUAAAUGCCGCGCAGUUCUGGACAGUGGAUCCCAAACAUGUCUCAUUUCCACUGCCCUCUCAGAUUCCCUGAGGCUUAAGAAACAUCCAGUCAGUGUUUCACUCACUGGUGUUGGUGGUGUCCAAUCAAAUAUUCGCCACCAAACCGAUGUCAUUUUAUUCUCCACAACGACCUCUGAGAAUUUCAAUUUGGCGUGCUUAGUCGUACCUCGAGUCACUCGAAAUCUUCCCAGCUGGAAUGUCAAUCCUGAUGAAGUGAAUAUUCCACCAGGCACCAUGCUAGCAGACCCUCAGUGGUUUGAAAGCCGUCCAAUCGAUAUCCUGAUUGGUGGAACUCAUUAUUGGGAAAUGGUGAAGGACAACACACUUCGUUUGGGUGAAGGAAAGCCACUCCUGAAGGAAACUUCAUUUGGAUUUGUGGUUGUUGGACAAUGGACCACCCAGCAGGAGGAGAAUUCUGCUGUCUGCAACAUCUCAACUUUGGCUUCCCUCAACAAAACAUUGCGUCAAUUCUGGGAGCUUGAAGAGGUUCCUGAGGAACCUACCGCAUCUCUUGAGCAAGAAGCAGCAGAAAAACACUUCGAAACAACCCAUACCAGGGCCUCAGAUGGACGUUUCGUGGUGAAGUUACCCUUCAGAUCCAAUUCUCAGGAUUUGGGGGACUCCAGGUCAAAGGCACUCCGCCAAUACAUGUCUUUGGAGCGGAAAUUCCAUUCCAAUCCAGAAUUUCACCGUCUUUACACUAGUGUCAUGGACGACUACAUUCAGCGUAAAUGGCUCGAGACAGUCCCUCCAGACGCUGUCCAGGACUACUCGUACUACAUGGCUCAUCAUGGAGUGUUGAAAGAUUCAGCCACAACUCAGUUGAGAGUCGUGUACAACGCAAGUGGAAAGACAAGUACUGGACUUAGCCUCAACGACACUCUCAUGGUGGGUCCAGUUGUACAGCCUGACCUGUACACAAUAUUAAUUCGUUUCCGUCGUCAUCCGUUUGCCAUCACCACAGAUAUUUCCAAGAUGUACCCUCAGCUGAUACUACAUCAUCCUCACUCUGACUUCCAGAGACUUCUGUGGCGAAAAACUCCAGAGGAUCCUAUCACGGAUUAUCGGAUGACGCGGGUCUGUUUCGGCGUGGCAAGUUCUCCAUUCCUUGCCACAAAGGCAAUCACUAUGCUGGGAGAAGAGCAUAAGCAGACUCAUCCAUUGGCAUCCCAAGCUCUACUCAACUCCUUUUAUGUCGAUGAUGGCAUCAUUUCGGUGGAGACUUGUGAUCAAGCCAAGGCUACUUGUACCCAAUUGAUAGAAGUUCUUGCAAGUGGUGGUUUCACUUUGGGAAAGUGGAACUCAAAUUACCCAGGAGUGCUCCCGGAUAAUUGCCGCCCAACUCAGCAAGGCGUCGAUGUAGCGACUACUUCCACCAAGACUUUGGGAAUCAAGUGGGACACCAAGGAUGAUGUUUUCUUCUUCACAGUCGCUCAAGAGGGUGAGGUAAAUACCAAACGUCAAGUAGCCUCAUUCAUCGCUAAAAUUUUCGAUCCCCUGGGACUAAUCGCGCCUGUCGUUAUCAACGCAAAGCUUCUUCUUCAAGGACUUCAUCAGUUGAAAGGCGGAUGGGAUGUCGAAGUUCCACCAGAAUUUCAAGCUAGUUGGGAUCGCUUCCUCCAUUCAUUGGACAAUAUCGAAUCAAUUCGAGUUCCCAGAUGGGCUUCCGGAAUCGCUCAGGCAAAGGAAGUCCAAAUCCACGGUUUUUGCGAUGCUAGUCUUCGUGCCUUUGGUGCUGCGGUGUAUCUCAUCACAAAAAAUGAUGGUGAAACGACUUCCCACCUACUCACAGCAAAGUCGAGAGUGGCACCAGGGGAGGACAAAAGCCAAACCAUACCGCGUUUGGAACUCUGCGGAGCACUCUUGCUAGCGGAACUUGUGGACAAAAUUAAAGACAUUCUGGGCAUUACAGCAGUAUACUUAUGGACUGACAGUACGGUCGUUCUUUCCUGGCUCUACAACCGUGCAUUAGAGUUCAAACCUUUCGUCUCCCAUAGAGUGAACAAAAUCCUACGCUUGUCGUCUUCUAACCAAUGGAGGCACGUUAGGACAGCGGAAAAUCCUGCGGAUUUGAUCACCAGGGGAGCCACCACUCUUCAGAUAUCAGAAUCGCAACUGUGGUGGAAUGGGCCAUCAUGGCUCACUGCAGACUCCAAGGAUUGGCCGCCCCAAUUCAUCUACUCGAACGCUGUUUUGACUUCUCAAGUCACGAAAAACAUGAACGCCCGAAGUUACUUAGAAGAUUUGGUUCAUGUUCACUCAUCGUUAUUGAAGUGUCAGAGGAUCGUGGCCUACGUCUGCAGAUUCCGUAAGGCUUGCGGCAAAAGAGUUCCGGUGGAACGGGGGCCAAUUUCUUCAUCUGAGUUGGAUAACGCAUUGAAGCACUUAAUCCGUCUCGAACAGUCUUCUGCCUCUGAUGGACUGGCGGAUGCCAUUCGUAAAGGAACUGUUGGAUCAUCCUCCAAGUGGAAACAUGUCUCCAUUUUGUUUCCGUUCAUCGAUGACAGCGGACUUAUCCGAGUAGGCGGCCGCUUACAAAAUUCUCAAGAGUGUUUCGACGCUAAGCAUCCUGUUCUGUUGCCCCGAGGAAGAUUGGCAGAACUCAUAGCCAUUCACGAACACCGAAAACUGCUGCAUGCUGGCCCACUCACUCUUCUUGCCAAUCUUCGGCAGAAAUUUUGGCCUAUCGCUGGACGUUCUCUAGUGAAACGAGUGUACAGAAGCUGUGUUACCUGUACACGAGCUCGUCCGCGACCUGAAUCUCAACUCAUGGGAAAUCUUCCGGCAUCUAGGGUGACAUUCCAAAGGCCAUUCUGCUUCACUGGCAUCGACUAUGCGGGACCAAUUCCAAUCCGCACUUCUCAAAAUCGAAAUGCUGCGAAGAGAAAUGCUUAUCUGGCCAUCUUCAUUUGCAUGACCACUCGCGCCAUACAUAUUGAAGUGGUCAGUGCUCUCUCUACAGAAGCCUUUAUGGCUGCUCUCAAGCGCUUCGCAGCCCGUCGAGGAACCCCGAAGGUCAUUCAUUCUGAUUGUGGACGUAACUUCGUGGGUGCCAGCCGCGAACUCAAGGAUCUCAUGAGUUCACCAGCGUUCCAAGAGGAAUUGGCUUCUCACAAUCAACACCAUCAAAUCGAAUGGAAGUUCAACCCUCCUUUGGCUCCCCACCAAGGCGGAUUGUGGGAAGCUGGAGUGCGCUCCAUCAAGUACCAUCUUAAGCGCACUGUCGGAACAACUGCUCUCACCUUUGAGGAGCUCACCACUGUCCUUACUCAAGUGGAGGCGGUGUUGAACAGCCGCCCCAUCGGCCUGGCCUCGGACAACCCGAAUGAACAGGAAAUCCUCACGCCUGGACAUUUCCUUGUGGGAUCCAACAUCACUUCACCUCCUGAUCCUGAUCUCACCGAGCUCAAUGACAAUCAGCUCACUCGUUGGCGUUUGUGUCAGCAACGCUUCCAGCACUUCGCCAAUCGCUGGAGACGCGAUUACCUCAACACUCUACAGCAACGGUCGAAGUGGAAGGUGCCGCAGAAAAACCUACAAAUAGGCCAAGUAGUGCUGACUCUGGACUCCACGUCUUUCGGAGAGAAAUGGAUUUUAGGAAUAGUGGAAGAUCUCCACCCGGGCAUUGAUGGACGAGUAAGGGUCGUGACUAUCAGAACUCCCAAGGGACUUUAUCGACGAUCAGUGAAUAAGUUAGCCCGUUUAUUCACUGAGGAUGCUUCUGAACCAUCUGGUUCCAAUGGUUCAGCCAGGGGAGCUUAUGUUCAAAAUUCAAAUAGAAACAUUUGA